AUGGAGGUCAACACUGCUCCUCCCGCUUACGAGCAGGAUAAGAUCGCACAACGGACCGAUGAACCUCAAUUUGAAGAGGAGGGCCAGCUCAAGUCUGGAGAAGUCCACGAUGCCUUUGGUAACGAGGAGUAUGCUGAGAUUAAGUAUAAAACCUUGAAGUGGUGGCAAUGCGGCCUGCUCAUGAUUUGCGAGUCCGUUUCAUUGGGUGUGUUGUCACUGCCCUCGGCCGUCGCUACCCUGGGUCUUGUCCCAGGUAUCAUUCUCAUUGUUGGCCUUGGCCUGCUCGCAACAUACACUGGAUACAACAUUGGUCUCUUCCGUGAACGUUACCCUCACAUCCAAAACCUGGGUGAUGCCGGCGAGAUCCUCCUCGGCAGCUUCGGCCGCGAACUGUUCGGUAUUGGCCAGUUCCUUUUCUGUAUCUUCGUCAUGGGCAGCCAUCUCCUCACCUUCCGUGUCAUGAUGAACACUAUUACCAACCACGGCACCUGUUCCAUCGUUUUCAGUGUCGUCGGUAUGGUCCUCUCCAUCGCCCUCUCUAUCCCCCGAACCAUGAAGGGCAUGACCUGGAUCUCUUUCGCCUCCUUCCUGAGCAUUUUCUGCGCUGUCAUGAUCACUAUGAUUUCCGUGGGUGUUGAAAGCCACCCUGGUCGUGUGAUCCAGGCUACUGUCGACGAAGACUUGUACACCGCCUUCCAGGCUGUGUCUAACAUUGUCUUCGCCUACUGCGCUCAUGUCGCCUUCUUUGGUCUGAUCGCCGAGAUGGAGACUCCUCGCGACUUCAAGAAGUCUCUGUUCAUGCUCCAGGGCUUCGAGAUCUCUCUCUACCUGACCGCCGCCGUUGUGAUCUACUUCUAUGUCGGCACUGACGUCCAAUCUCCCGCCCUCAACUCCGCUGGACCCCUCAUGAGCAAGAUCGCCUACGGCAUUGCCAUCCCAACCAUUGUUGGUGCCGGUGUCGUCAACGGCCACAUUGGCUUGAAGUACAUUUACUUCCGUCUCUGCGCCAAGUCUGGCCUGAUGCACCAACGUAACAAGCGCUCCAUCGGUCUCUGGAUCGCUCUUGGAGUUUCUUGCUGGAUUGUUGCGUGGAUCAUCUCCGAGGCCAUUCCUGUCUUCAGUGAUCUGAACAGUCUGAUCAGUGCUCUCUUCGCUUCCUGGUUCAGCUACGGUCUCUCCGGUAUCUACUGGCUGCACCUCAACUACGGCCAGUGGUUUGCCGGUCCCCGCAAGAUCUGUCUCACCAUUCUCAACAUUGCCAUCGCCCUCUUUGGCUUGAUCCUGUGUGUCCUUGGACUGUAUGCUUCUGGUACAGCUAUUCACAACGAUACCAGCAGCAGCAGCUUCACCUGUGCCAACACUGACAGUUGA